CGCACGCGCGCACACCACACCCAUCCCUCGUGACGUCACCCCCGUCCCGGCUCUCGCUCGGCGCCUCGAACUCUCGGCUCCAGAAAAUGCUGCUCUCCGUGCCCCCGAGGGCAGGACUCGCGCCCUACUGCGGCUUCGGCGGCCGGAGCAGUAAGAAGCAGGGCUAUGUGUCCAGCCAGCAAAUGCCCCCCCCCAGUCCCAGCACCACCAGCAGCGGCAACAGCAGCAGCAGUGGAGGGGCAGAGCAGCUGAGCAAAACCAACUUGUACAUUCGGGGCCUUCACCCGGGCACAAGCGACCAGGAUCUGGUGAAGCUUUGCCAGCCCUAUGGUAAGAUCGUCUCAACGAAAGCCAUUCUCGACAAAACGACCAACAAGUGCAAAGGCUACGGCUUUGUGGACUUCGACAGCCCCGGUGCCGCGCAGAAGGCCGUCAACGCCCUCAAGGCCAGCGGUGUGCAGGCACAGAUGGCCAAGCAACAGGAGCAGGACCCCACCAACCUGUACAUCUCCAACCUGCCCGUGUCGAUGGACGAGCAGGAGCUGGAAGGGAUGCUGAAGCCAUUUGGGCAGGUGAUCUCCACCCGUAUCCUCCGAGAUGCCAAUGGGACCAGUCGAGGGGUGGGUUUUGCCAGGAUGGAAUCAACCGAAAAAUGCGACGCCAUCAUCCAGCACUUUAACGGCAAAUACAUCAAGACGCCUCCGGGCGUGCCAGUUCCCAGUGAGCCUUUGCUUUGCAAGUUUGCAGAUGGCGGCCAGAAGAAGAGGCAGAACCCGAGCAGGUACUUGCAGAACGGGCGGCCGUGGCCUCGGGACGGAGAAACGGCAGGAAUGACUCUGACCUAUGACCCCACGCCAGCUUUACAGAAUGGGUUUUACUCCGCCUAUGGCAUUGCACCAAACCGGAUGAUUACACAGACAUCCAUGCCACCGUACCUUCACUCGCCAGUGUCAUCCUACCAGGUGCACGGCCCUUCCUGGAUGCAUCACCAGUCUUACCUCAUGCAGCCUGCUCAGGGCGCGGUGCUGACCCCUGCGCUUGACCACCACAUGUCUAUCCAGCCGGCCUCGCUGAUGGCCCCCCUAACGCAGCAGUUGAGCCACCUGUCAAUCAGCAGCGGUGGGACGUACCUGCCAGCCACCACAGCUAUGCAAGGGGCCUACAUCCCACAAUACACAGCGGUGCCUUCGUCGAGUGUGCCCGUCGAGGACAGCAGCGGGCAGCAGCCGCCAACACAGGCCUCCGUUGCUAUAGAAACAGCUUCCGAGCAUGGCGCCUAUUCUUACCAGCAUGGCAAGUGAAGCUAACUGGACGAAGGCCCUGGACGACAGAUGCGUGCGCAUUUUUUAUUUUUAACCUUUUUAUUUUUAUUUUUUUUUUUUUAUAUGUAAAAUAUGCAAACCUUUUUGACUUUUUUCGUAGCUGCGUUACAGCAAUUUUGUACAGAAUUCUCACCCUGGCAUUUUACGAGGUUCUAGAGGAAAACUAUUUUUUUUAUUCUUUUGAGAAGAAAACGUUAAAACACUAAAAUAACCAAAUCAGGGCUUAAAAGCAAUUGGUGAGAGCGCCAAAGGGGCGGAGAGGAGACAAUCAGUGGGCGGGGCCUCCACUGCUGCUUUGCUCAUUGGCUCCUGUUCACGUGAGACUCUUUAUUGUGCUUUUUGUUUGUUUGUUUGUUUUAAUAUUUAGGAGAGACGUUAAGACCCGCCCACAGGGUGGACACCAGGCUGCUGCCCGGCCCCUCCCACCCCACCCCGGUGCCCCUCCCUCCUCUUUAUUUAUACAGACACACCUCUGCCUGCAUUUUGAAAAGCUUUCGAUUCUGCAAUACGACACCCACGGCGCCAUGGCCGCCCCCAACCCAUAUUUAUAACCAAAGAUGCUGAAGCCAUCGAGCUCUGCGCUGCGCUCUGCUCUCUGACGGAGAAUCCAUACUUGGGCCAGCUGGACACGUGCUGGCCGCAUGAAGGACAUCGGCAACUUGAAACUGUGAACCGCUGACCAAGCCUGAUCUCCACGGGGACGGUGUAACCCCUCGUUUCACUUUGCUACUGCUGCUACGUCCGGGUGACAGGGGGCCUCGUCCGCGGCUGGUUGAGGUGACACACACACCCCAACCCCCACACCAUGAGUGGCCUUGGACACGCUGCCAGUGCUGCCGCGUGUGUUCAGGACUUCUGCCUGCUUUGUUUUUUUUUGUUCUUUUUUUCUUUGCUUUAAAUUUGUACAAAAUGUCAAAAAAGGAAAAUGUUUUAGUUUUGUACGGUUUUGUGUUUCAUAGACAGUCUGUUUUCUUUUGUCAAUUUUUUUUUUUUUUUGUAAUAAAACAAGAAGAAAA